AUGCAUCUCAAGGCGACCCUUUUGGCCCUGGUCGCGUUGGGGGCGGCUGUUGGGGCCCGCAAGAAUGUACGAGAUGUCGAGCCGUGUGCGCAGAUCUCCAAGAUGGUUGCAGAUGCCAAUAAGAAUCAGAUCGGCGCUAAAGUUCCCCAUGACUUGGCACAUCAAUGCUUGAUGUCCAUGCCGUUUGAGUCGAGUCGAGCAGUGACCUUUUUGAAUCAAGCUCGAAAGUAUCUAGAGUUUCAGUCGACGACUGACAUUCUCAAGAAUCCUCCCUCUGGCUAUACAAUGCCGUCUACUGAUCUUAUGGGAGGGAUAGAUUCGAUCCUGGAAAAGGCCAACAACAAGGGGUACUCAAGCCAAUUUGAGAUGGAUCUGGAAGUCACCAAUCUCAUAAGAUCAGCAUAUGAUGGCCACUUGACCUUCCAAUUAUGCUCACAGUCAAUUUUCAAUUAUGAGUUCGAUAUGCCUCUCGUGUCUAUCUCAACGGAUGGUCUCGAGCUACCAGAGGUCUACACGUUGAACGACGCAAAGCUUCAGCAAAGCGGUACCAAGGGCGUUUCUCCCCUGGUAUCCAUUAAUGACACCGAUGCAGCCGAGUUUCUUGCAUCGUAUGCAUCUGGUCAAAGCCUUCAAGAUCACGAUGCUCAAUACAAUCGAAUCUUUCCGGCUCUAGCUCGCACUGUCACCGGAACCUCCAUUGACGAGAACGGUAUCUGGGUCAGUACUGCUGACUGGAGUGAUGGCUCCCAGGUGACUCUCAAGUAUGACAAUGGGACUACUCAGACCGUGGAUAAGAGUACUGUUCCCAAGGAGAGAUAUUUCUCUUAUACCAACGGCACCAGUCUCUACAAGGUCAACUGCAUUCCCCGGGGCCUCCCUACCGCCGAAUCCUCUUCAUCAAAUGCCGAAGUGGCUUCUUCCCUGCCGGGACUCCCAGAGACACAAUGGCAUAACUCUGCCAACUCUAUUGCGGGCUAUUUCUCGAAUCUAACCGGACUGGAGGACACUGGGAUUAUCUUCCUGCCCACUUUCUCCUCUAACCCCCAGGAGGCGGCUCAAGUGGCGAUAGAAUUCCUGCACAACGCCACCAUCGCUGGGAAGAAGAACAUCCUAAUCGAUGUGUCGGCUAAUCCAGGUGGAUACCUAUCGAUUGGACUUGAUCUAUUUCGGAUCUUCUUCCCGGAGGCCGUCCCAUACACUGCGACACGAUAUCGAGCACACGAUGCAGCCAAGUAUCUCACCAAAGCAUUUUCACGCUCGACGACCCAGGACUCAAGCAAUAUAUUUGCGUACAAGGAGAUGGUUGCUCCAGACCAGAAAACUGGAUUCAGCUCUUGGGAGGAUCUUUAUGGACCACAUGAGAUCUUUGGAAGUUCUUCGUCUAGCUUGCUGGCCAACUUUAACUACACUUCCACUUCUAGUCAAACAUACCCCAUCAACGGAUAUGGACCUAUCCCGUUCAAUCCUGAGAAAUCCCUGUUCCCGGCUGAUAACAUUGCCAUCAUUACUGACGGAGACUGCGUCUCAACCUGCGCCUUCUUCGUCAAACUCAUGAAACGCCAAGGCGUGCGCACCAUUGCCUUCGGUGGCCGUCCCACCGAAUCACCCAUGCAAGGUGUCGGCGGCGUAAAGGGUGGCCAAUCCCUCAGCAUAAACUACAUCAACGGCUACAUCCGGCAAGCCAACCAGCUGAUCCAGAAUGCAUCAGACAGCUCAUCUCCCCUCCUGACACCAGACGAGUGGAAGAAAUUCAACGAUUCAAGUCCUAGCACUGCCACCUCUUUUGCUUGGAGUGGAAGCGUCAACCUACGAAAUGAGUAUGAUCCAGAUGAUGAUCAGACUCCGCUACAGUUUGUGUAUGAGGCGGCGGAAUGUCGGCGCUUUUACACGAUUGAUAAUUAUGUGCAGCGGGAGACGGUGUGGCGAGAUGCUGCGAGAUCUAUGUUUGGGGAUGGAGGUUGCGUGAAGGGGUCGACUAACGGGAAGGGUAGUUUGGGUGCUCCUUGA